UCUGUAUCAUCUGCUUAUACCUGGUGCAUUGUAAACCUCCAGAAAAUUAGUGUAAUUUAUUACAUUGUAUCCUUAUAUUUGUAUUUUACCUUAUCAAAAUUGUUUACAAUGACGUCAAGCAUCACAACCCUGGUUAGACAAAAUUUUCACGCCGACUGUGAAAAAGCCAUCAACGACCAAAUCAAUAUGGAAUUGUAUGCGAGUUACGUUUAUCUCUCUAUGGCAUAUUAUUUUAAUCGAAGCGACGUAGCUUUACCAGGUCAUUAUUCAUAUUUCAAAAAAGCUUCGGACGAAGAGAGAGAACAUGCCAUGAAAUUCAUGACGUAUCAAAACAAAAGAGGUGGUAGUAUCGUUUUGUCACGUAUUGAAAGUCCGCCAAAAGAUGUUUGGGAUAGCGCUCACGAUGCUAUGACUGAAGCAUUAAAGUUAGAGAGGAAAAUUAACGAGAGCCUCCUUGCGAUGCACGCAUUAGCGACGGAACAUAACGAUCCGAACUUAUUAGAUUUCCUGGAAAGCGAAUAUUUGAAAGACCAAGUAGAUUCUAUCGAUGAACUUGCUAAUUAUGUAACAAGAUUAGGUAGACUUGGCGAUGGUCUAGGGACAUAUAUCAUCGAUCAGGAACUUAGAAAUUAAAAUGUUAUUCAUAAAAGUAACACAUUUAGUAAGAAAAAUGAAUAUACUGUGUACACACAAGAUUGUUAUGAAUAAAUACAUAACAAUAAUUAAACAUGCACUAUAUAACACUAAAGUGAGUAACACGUACAAUAUUUAAUUUCUAUCGAUAAAAUUAAAUAUAUCCACUUGUAUAAUCUUAUAUAAUAUCAUCGAUUUUUGCGUUAAGUUAACAAAUA